AAUCUAGCGCCUACUUUCGUAGUUGUUGUGCAUUAUUUUCUAAUAGACCCUCCAAACUCGGUUCGUUACAUGUCUUCCGUGCGUCACACCGAAACAGAAAAUGUUGUGAAACUAAUCUUGUUUCGUUAUUCUUAUUACUUAUUAUGUAAAAAAGCAAUAGAAGAUGUGUUCUUAUAGUGUGGUUUCAUUCUUUAGUAAGUGGCGUUUAUGGAUUAAACCGCUGCUGGUAGCUUUGUACGUGAUACUUAUAAUCGUUUUAGUGCCAAUAUUGAUAGCUCAUUCCAUAAGCAAUGGAUUCAGUAAAGCUGACCAAGGCGCAUUGGUGGGAGGCGGAUUCGUCCUCUUGGCGAUGCCCAUCUCGAUAUGGGAGAUCACACAACAUGUGUUGCAUUACACAAAACCUUCGUUACAAAAACAUAUUAUAAGAAUAUUAUGGAUGGUCCCAAUUUAUGCACUAAAUGCCUGGCUAGGCUUACAGUUUCCAGAACAAUCUAUAUAUAUGGAUUCUCUGCGAGAAUGCUAUGAAGCAUAUGUGAUCUACAACUUCAUGAAGUAUUUAUUAAACUACCUAAAUGAAGAUCAAGAUCUAGAGGCACUACUGGAAAUGAAACCUCAAGUUUAUCACAUAUUUCCUCUCUGCUGCCUUGCACCAUGGGAAAUGGGAAGGGAAUUUGUCCACAACUGCAAACAUGGCAUUCUACAGUACACAGUAGUGCGGCCCGUCACCACCGUCAUCUCCAUGAUCUGUGAGCUGUGCGGGGUGUAUGGAGAGAGUGACUUCAACCCCAACGUGGCGUUCCCUUACAUGAUAGCCAUAAAUAAUCUGUCUCAGUUUUUGGCCAUGUACUGCCUGGUGCUGUUCUAUAGAGCUAACCGGGUGGAGCUGAAGCCAAUGAAGCCUAUUGGAAAGUUUCUUUGCAUAAAAGCUGUUGUUUUCUUCUCAUUCUUCCAAGGUGUAAUUAUAAAUAUUCUGGUUUAUUGUGGAGUUAUAUCAAGCCUAUUUGGAAUACCAGAAUCGGAUACCAAAAUUAUGUCUUCAAAACUUCAGGAUUUCCUGAUUUGCAUCGAGAUGUUCCUAGCGGCCAUUGCUCACCACUACAGUUUCUCGUAUAAGCCGUUCGCGCGGCACGAGCCGGACUCGCGCACUUGCCUCGGCUCGUUCCUCGCCAUGUGGGACGUGUCGGACGUCAAGCGGGACAUAUCCGAGCACCUCGGCGUUGUUGGGAGUUCCUUCAGCCGGCGACUGCGAGGCAAGUCCAUGUACCACAUGGCCCGAGGGUACGACGAGAGCUCGCGCCUGGUGAACGAGGCGACCAGCAGCUCGGCGCCGAACCUCACCGUGGAGGAACCGGCCGUCGACAUCCGGCCAUCGGUCUACGGCUCUGUCGACACGACGGUCACCGCUUCCGACUCUGAGCCGCUGCUGAGCUCCGUGAAUGACCCUCAGGCAUGAGUAAG